AUGGAACUCGACAACAUCGAAACUUGUGAUGAGAAAAAAGCUGAACCAAAUGCAUCAGAAACAUCGACUAAUCGAUUAAGAUCUUUAUUGAAAUAUUUUGAAAAAAGAAAAUUAAUGUGGAUCAUUAUUUUUCUUGUCAUUCUUAUUUUGAUAAUAAUUAUUCCAAUUGUUAUUGUUAAAACAAAAAAAGGUAAUGUCACCUACCACUCAACAACAAUGGCUAUAAUCACAACUGAAAAUACGAAGGCAAUUAAUGAACUAACAACAGAAGAACAAAUUCGACCAAAAUACAAGAAGUGGAAACAAGAAGGAAUUACUGUUGCUGGAGGAAAUGGAAAAGGAAGUGGAUUACAUCAACUCGCUAAUCCUACCAGCAUGGCUUUUGACGAGAACGAAACUAUUCUUAUUGCUGAUAAAGACAAUCAUCGUAUUGUUGAAUGGAAAUAUGGGUCGAACAGUGGUCAAAUCAUUGUAGAUGGAAAUAACGCAGAAGAAAUAAAAUAUCAUUUGCGUCUUCCAGAAGAGGUGAUCGUCGACAAAAAAAAUAAUGCUUUGAUCAUUUAUAGUUACGCUAACCAAGCAGUACUUCGAUGGUUUCGUCAAAAUCAAACCAUUCAAGAACUUUUCGAUUUGGAUCCCAACCUUAAUCCUAUCGCAAUGGAUAAAAAUGGAUCUAUUUAUAUUUCUGAAUAUGCAGAGGAUCGAGUGAGACGAUGGAAAGACGGAGAUACAAAUGAGGCGAUAGUUGCAGGUGGAAAUGGAAACGGAAAGGAUCUCAAUCAACUGUUUGCCCCUAAAUUUAUUUUUGUUGACGAUGAUUAUUCUGUUUAUGUAUCAGAUUGGGGAAAUGAUCGUGUGAUGAAAUGGGAAAAAGACGCAACACAAGGAAUUAUUAUUGCCGAUGGAACCAAUAAUUUUAAUCAAAUACCUUUUCCUGAAGGAAUGAUUGUUGAUGAUUUGCGUCAUAUCUACGCGGCAGAUAAUAUUAAUCAUCGAGUGACACGUUGGUGUAAAGGAGAUACACAAGGUUCAACUGUUGUUGGUGGAAAUGGUCCAGGAGCAGAAUCAAAUCAAUUGAAUGGUCCCACUCGUUUAUUAUUUGAUACUGAAGGAAAUCUUUAUGUUGCUGAUUCAAAUAAUAAUCGAAUUCAAAAAUUUGAAUUAGUUUCUGAUUAA